CCAGUCCCAGAAUGGCGUGGUUUGUGUUUCGUUUGCCCAGCCUGUAAUUCGAAAUUUAGCCCAGCGUUGGGAGUCCUACACGAAAAUUUUCACGCCCAAUCUGUUAAACAUUUAAUUAAUAAAGUUAUCAACAAGAAAUUAAUAAAAAUUAAGCCGAAAAUUAGUGAAAAGUGACAAAAGAGGAUCGAUUGACGUAGCCUGUCGGCCCGUUUCACACUGCAACACAUCGGUUGAACAAUGCAACUGAUAUUUUUCAAAUUAGUGGUGAAUAAUGACAUCUGAAGUGCAAGAAGUGCGUGUAGAAUACGUUGAAAAUUCGGCACAGGAGUCGAAGCCGACACCCUCCCCCCUAGCUCUGCUAGCGGCCACGUGUAGCAGAAUAGGUCCGACGUCUGGCGAUACCCCAGCAACAGUUACCAUGUCAACGACGCCAACACCAACAAACGUCAAUAUAAAAGGCGUACCUAUGGCAGCUAGUCCUCAAGUAGUAAGCGUUCCCGUUGGACUACCCCAGCAAUUACAACAGCAGUUACUUCAACAACAAGUCAGCGCAGCAGCUGCGGCUGGUCAAAAUGCUGCGCUAGCAUAUAACCUCAUGCAGCCUAUGCAAACUGUUACUGUCGACGGACAGGAAGCGCUUUUUAUACCCGCCAUGUCGUUAGCUGCUGGUGCUCAGCAGCCCCAGCAGCUCUUUAGUCCUGGUCAAAUCAUCCGCGCUCCCAGCACAGUAAUCCCUGCAAACAUUCAGAAUAUCCAGAACCUCCAAAACCUCCAGAACCUGCCUACCGUUCAACUUGCCAACGGCCAAAGCGUCACUGUCCGCCCGUCUAUUCCCCAAAUGGUGCAAUUCCCUAUGCAACAAACGAUACCCAUACAAGUGCCCAUUUCUACGGGGAAUGGGCAAACUGUAUAUCAAACCUUCCACAUACCAGUCCAGCUGGCCGCCACAACCGUGCCAAAUAUCAUUCAGACACAGCCGCAGUUCGCGAAUAUAUUGACGCCGAACGGUCAAAUACAGCAGUUGCAGAUUGCUACCAGUGUCGCUGCGCCACAAACUCCCACGUCAGUUGCUCAGACUACUGCGCAGGUUGCUCAAAUUGACACAAGUCCACAAUUGACGUUCACAGGGGCCAAUGGGCAACAAUUUACGGUGAUCCCAGCGGCAAAUCUUCAACAAGUUAGAGGUGCUACAGUAGGAAAUCUAGGAAAUUUAGGAAAUAUUAUUCAAGUGCCUAAUAUCCAAGCAAUACCAAAUAUACAAAAUAUUCCAGGUUUAGGUAAUGUUCAAGUGAUAACUCAACAAGCAGCGGCCCCCACUCAAAUCUCCGUAGGUCAACAUAUCCAGCAAGAUCCCACAGAUCCUAACAAAUGGCAAGUAAUACCAACAGUUACGACGACGACUCAACCCACAGUGGCUCAACCUGCAGCAACGCCGGUGUACACGGGUCAGAUUAAUCCAACACUAACGCUGGUUACCUCGGAUAACAAUGCCUCGAUUCAAAUGCAGAACGAUACUAGUCAUCAAGAUGCCAUGCAGAAACAGAGGGUGAGGAGGGUGGCGUGUACAUGUCCGAACUGUCAAGAAGGUGAACGUCACACAGACAGAAAGAAACAACACAUAUGCCAUAUACCUGGUUGUAAUAAAGUCUACGGUAAAACAAGUCAUCUUAGAGCUCAUCUACGAUGGCACACUGGCGAACGACCAUUUGUUUGUACCUGGCUGUUUUGUGGUAAAAGAUUUACAAGAUCAGACGAAUUACAAAGGCAUAGGCGGACGCAUACCGGAGAAAAACGGUUCCAGUGUAACGAGUGCAGUAAGAAAUUUAUGAGAUCAGACCAUUUAUCAAAGCAUCUUAAAACACACCAAAAACAAAGGAUAACGGAUACUCCUGAUGACCAAGAAGACGAAUCGUGGGAUCAAGAUCAGCCCGAGUCAACUGCAGAACAAGAGACUGACAUGAAACCAGUCUGGAUAACGGACAGCAAAAAUAAUAUCAAAUAUGCCAUAACGCACGUGAAUUAUUCACAAGAAGCUGCAACUUCAACCCAAUCAGCGUCUUCCGACUCGAGCAACGAAGAAAAAAUGAUGAUAACAAUAAGUACAUCAGAACCGGAUGAGCUAAUAAUUGCAGAGCCUUUAGACAGCUGAGCACGGAUUCAAGUGUACAUAUAACAUGAGAGUGAAUAAUUGUUUAGUACAUUAAAAAACUUUAUUAUCAGUUUUUGUUAUACUCUUUAAUUAUUAAUAAUUUAUUAAAUUUGAUUGUUUGUACCUAUUGUACAUUUGUACAGAAUUUUAGAGGAAU